AUGGCCAUGGGGCAAACAGAAGAGCGCGCAAUACAUCCGUUCUUCAGAAAAGACUUCGGAGUACCGACACUCCCGCCACCCGUUGAUAAUGGCCUUCUUCCUACCGAUUUACACGCGUGCAACGGAUCACCUGUCUCACAAGCACCCUCCGUAGCUGCCGCCCUUGACCACGACCCCAAUGCAGAACGAAGAAAAAGACGGAGAACGGAUACGAAUUCCGCAGAUAUUUCGGCCGACGAUAUUACAACGACACCCAAUAACUUCGAUGAAUCCGCUGGAGGUGAAAUUGCAGCUCCCCCUGUGCAAACGCAGGGCAGCUGUAUCUCAACCCAGGUUCCCGCUCCGUCAGAGCAAGGACGACAACAGCAGCCAUUGGCUAUCAAUGCAACCCCUACGCCUGGUGAAUCAGACCAAAAGAAACAGAAAGUGAUCAAGCUAAACUCGAAUGGGAAGCUUCUCAUUUCUCCGGUAGCCGACAGGUUUACCGAUAAGUCAAAAAUGAAGGGCAACAAGCGUGGGAAAACAGGUUUGAAGCAUACAGAGAGUCCGAAGAGCAAGCUUGUGGUCAUCAAGUAUAUAAAUAAGGAGGGGCUAUCGGAAAGCCUGGGCCAGCAAAUUAGCGAAAUCAUCAAUGGGCAACGAAAGCAUAUUGCUUCCAGUCGCGCUCCUCCUCCUCCUCCGGCCAAUUUCGUAUCGAAACUUGCUCCCAAGCAGCCAGCCAAGCCAACGCAUCCAUUUUUUAUGAAGAAACCUCCACACAAGACAGAUAUCUCAUCUCAGCAAAUACAAUGUCAAAACCCGAUCACAACCCCUUCCGAGGACGGAUCGGCGAUCAUGACUGAGCGACCUCCUUCACGGCCGAUUUCGAUGCCUCUCCUUUCUUUCAAACAUGCGUUUUCGAAAGUGCCAGAACCUAUGCACCCACUUUGGCCUCCGCUCGGCCUAACCCAUGUUCGAGAUCUUAGCGAUCUUAGCGACCAACUCUGUUCACAAGACGACGUAAAUUCUUAUGAAACGGACCGUAGGAAGUCAAAGGCACCUGCUGUUCAGGUAAAUGACGAAGAUAGUGUGCUUUCGUCUAUUAUGCGCUCCACUCGAGUUGCUAAUUCUGUUUUGAGGCUUCCAUCUAAACAAAUCAUCAGUGGGCGAGCUUUGCAAGCCGAAAUGGCUAAACGGCUGACAGCACAGCGCGGUGCUUCCGAUUCAGAUAUGGUGUCAUCUCAUGGCCCCUUCCAUCCAGCAAUUUCUAAGCUAUAUGCAUCUCUUCCAACAGCAACUGCUGCAUUUGAUCGUGGAGAGUAUGAGGCGCAGGCCUGGACGCAAAAGUAUGCGCCGGCUUCUGCACAACAAGUUCUCUGCGCAACUAAGGAAGCGCUUAUGCUUCGUGACUGGCUUAAGCACCUAAUUGUCUCAAGCGUUGAAACGGGCAGUUCGUCGAAGGAGAAGGACAAGGCGAAACGUAAAGAAGAGAAUAGGCGCAAAAGACGGAAGAAGUCGGACAAGCUAGAAGGCUUCAUAGUUUCCAGUGACGACGAGGCUUCUGAGAUGGGUGAAAUUUCCGGAUCCGACGAUGAAUUAGCUGGCGAUGUGACUGUCUCGAGCAAACGAACCGUCAUUCGUACUGGGGAUCUCACGCUCAAUCUGAAAUCUAAUGAACAAGGCCGUAUGACAAAUGCCAUCCUUCUGAGCGGCCCUCCAGGGUGUGGGAAAACAGCAUCUGUCUACGCAGUGGCGAAAGAGAUGGAUUUUGAGGUUUUUGAAAUCAAUGCAGGCCAGCGUCGCAGUGCAAAAGACAUCCUGGAUCGGAUCGGUGACAUGACUCGAAACCACCUGGUCCAUAAUACACAUGACAAUGGAAGUCCCAUGGGUAGCCGGGCUUCCACUGCUGAUCCGGAGACCGGCGGGCUAGAAACAGGAAAACAGAACAAGCUGAUGGGCUUCUUGAGGCCUAACUCAGCUACCACAACAGGCAACAAACCUAAGGCAAUAGCUCCCACGAAGGGGGUUGACAUGAAACAAGGCCGAACUCAAAAACAGUCGCUAAUCCUUUUAGAGGAAGCGGACAUCUUAUUUGAAGAAGACAAACAGUUCUGGUCUGGGGUUCUUACUCUCAUAAAGCAGUCGAAGCGUCCGAUAAUUAUAACCUGCAAUGAUGAGAAUCUCGUACCCCUCGACGACAUGUCCUUCCAUGCAAUACUGCGGUACAGAGCCCCUUCACAGAAAUUGGCUGUCAACUAUCUUCUUCUAGUGGCUGCAAACGAAGGCCACCUCCUCAAGCGAACAGUGGUUGAGAAGCUCUAUCUGAGCACUGGUUAUGACCUUAGGCGAUCUAUUACGGAACUGAACUACUGGUGUCAAAUGGCCGUUGGUAGCGAGAAAUCUGGUAUUGAUUGGAUUAUCGACCGGUGGCCGCAAGGCAGAGACCUUGAUUCAAAUGGCGACAAGCUGCGGGUGCUUAGCGAAAAUACAUACGAUGACUGCAUGGGCUGGUUCAGCCGCGAUGUUAUGACCAGCACUGGUUUAACGACCGAGGCCGAGCUUCGGCAGGAAGCACUCCAUUGGUGGCAAUUGAGCCUACAGGAGGCUGAUAGUAUGGAGGAUAUACAGCGCCAACCUUCUCCAGAGAUUAGCCCAAGCGCUUCAAAACUUGAGAUACUCGAAUGUUUGCGUUUCCAAUCUGACUAUAUGGAAUCACGGAGUGUACUGGACCUUUUUGCUGCCACUUCCUCUCUCGAUGCAGGGAAGGACGCAGUUGACACGUCUGUAUCUCCAAUGUCCGAAAAACAAAAACUCAAUUAUGCCGAAGGCUACCGGUUACUACAAGCCGACCAUAUCCCCGAUUAUACAACGCUAACCGCGGAAGUCGGGAGUACCUGGGAGGCUCUUCUCGGGAGAGUAUUCCGGCAGAGUAGAGAAGCGGAGUUACAAGAAACACUGGAAAAUAAGGCGUUGGCGGCCGUUUCCAAGCCAAAAGCAUCUCAACAUCCACAGCAAGAGAUUCUGGAGGCGCUGGCGCCAGCCAUGAAACCAGAUUGCGGAGAUCGCCCAGCGAAUGGAGGUACAGAGCUUUCAUUCGAGCAUGGCCAAAGAUCAAUCGCUGAAGACCUCUCACCGUAUAUUCGAGCAAUAGUGGCGUUUGAUCUCCGCCUUGAACAAUACCGCCGGGAACUUACUCGCCUUUUUUCUGGUGAUGAGAGGGGUACGAAGCGAAUGCGCACAACUCGCGCUAGUCGAGCGGCGCUUGAGGGUGGCAAUAAGGCAGAGACACGGAAGGAGAGAUGGUUCUCUCCUGCUGUGAACGUUCAUAGAGUAAUGGCUACGGGCAAAACAGAGUGGCAGGAUCUGCUGGUCCAGAACGGCUAUUUCACUGUGCCCGUGGCGAAGGAGCAAGCAAGCCGAGAGGAUACAUUGCUCCGCAUCUUCCCUCCUUCUUUCGCAACUCAUCGAUUGUCCUCUAUGUCCUUGUUCGGAACGUCGCCGGACGAUUCUUCGGCGGCUGAUUCAGCUCAGAGAUCCAGGACUUCCCUCUUCGCCGACGAGCCUUCAUUCGGUGCUGGCAGUGCCAACUUCGGCGGCUCCUCCCUCUUCGCUGAUGACGACGGUGUAGCUUCGCCGUGGAAUAGCAACACUGGCAAGCGGACAUCCAAGCAACAGCUCGUCAAGACUCUGCUGCCCGAUUCAGAUGCCCCCGAAAGCUACAUUGAUGCGUAUGACCUUGUAUUGAGUGCGGGGGAAAGAGCGGGCACCGGCGCUGGCUUAACGUCCGUUCGAGAACUGUUGUCUGGCAGCGGAAUCUCUGCCACGGAUCAAGCCAAAAUCUUGAACCUUGUUUUAGCGGGAGAUACGGGUAGAUCAAACGGGCUGGGUCGCGGCGAAUUUAAUGUUCUGCUUGCCCUAAUAGGACUCGCGCAGGAAGGCGAAGACCUCACUUUCGACGCAGUGGACGAUCGUCGUAAGAAACUACCCACGCCGACAAGCUCAUACUUGGACGCUUUACGUACAAAACAAGAGCCUGCCAUGUCCGCUCCUUCGAAUGAACGCCCUACUACUCCUCCUGCGCCCUCCGCACCCUUCCCAGAACCAACCUCCGCCCAAUCACGCCGGGCCAGAAGAGAGUCUAUUGGUGGCCUCGAAGCAGAUCCAUGGGGAAGCCCCCAACUACAUCGUGGCCAUGCUCAUGCUCAAACGGAACAUGAGCACAGCACCUUGAACGGCUAUGGAAGCGUCCGGUCGGCAACGAAUGCUUGGUCAAAGGCAAGUGACGGGGGCAAUCCCGCUGAGCACUCCAAUCCGAACCGCACCAAUGGUCGACCCGAGGUUCAUUCUUCCAAUAGCGCCGAGUUUGGAUGGGGAGAUCACUUUGCGCAUUCACCAGACGGCGGUGGUCUUGGGGGUCCAUCACGGCCUGGACUGGGAGAUUUCGGACGGUCUGGAAGUGAUCACGGCGAGUCGAACCCCGGUCGACGCUCGUUGAACAUUGGACAGGUUACGUCACCUCAUCUCAAAGAGAUGGUGACAGUGACGCUGCUCCAGGAGAAGGAAGGGAUGUUCAUGUUUCAGCAUCGUAAUUACGAGGUUAAGUCGGCACGUAGGGGGAGCACGGUGGUUAGACGAUACAGCGAUUUUGUCUGGCUUCUUGAUUGUCUUCACAAACGAUACCCAUUCCGUCAGCUACCUUUACUUCCGCCAAAACGUAUUGCAGUAAAUGGCACUCACCUCGCAGCGGAUUCAACUUCAUUUCUCGAAAAGCGCCGGCGUGGCCUCGUACGAUUUACCAACUCCCUUGUUCAACAUCCUGUUCUCAGCCAAGAACAGCUUGUUAUCAUGUUUUUAACAGUUCCUACGGAACUCUCGGUUUGGCGUAAACAAGCGACGAUAUCUGUACAAGACGAGUUUGCUGGUCGCGUUUUGCCACCAGACCUAGAGGACUCCUUACCAUCUACUCUCAUAGACACUUUUGAUACGGUGAGGAGUGGCGUUAAACGAUCGGCGGAAGUCUACAUCAACCUCUGCACACUUCUUGAACGGCUGGCCAAACGCAAUGAGGGACUUGCCGCGGAUCACCUGCGCUUCUCACUCGCAUUGCAGUCCCUCACUGAGAUGACGCGCGACACAUACGCGGUUGAUACCAAUGACGUGCCUCUGCUAAAUGAAGGUAUCAAGGCGACGGCGAGACACUUGUCUGCCAGCCAAAGCUUGCUAGAGGAUGAGGCACGGGCAUGGGAAGAUGGGAUGUUGGAAGACCUGAAACGCCAACGGGACAACCUUGUGAGUGUGCGGGAGAUGUUUGACCGGCGGGAUCGGUAUGCACGCAACAACAUCCCGCAGUUGGAGCGACGAAUCGAAACCAAUGAGCGAAAGCUCCAGGAUUUACGAGCAAAGCCCCAGGGAACGGUCAAGCCGGGGGAGAUAGAGAAGGUCGAGGAAUCAAUCUUCAAGGACAAAGAGUCGAUUGUGCAACAACAUGCGCGCGGGGUAUUCAUCAAAGAGUGCAUCCGUGACGAGCUGGUCUAUUUCCAACAGACCCAAUAUCACAUCAGCCGGCUGCAUCAGGAUUGGAGUCAAGAGCGGGUCAAGUAUUCCGAGCUGCAGGCUGACAAUUGGCGGUCGCUGGGAGACCAGGUGGAAGGGAUGCCGCUGGGAGACUGA